AUGUAUUUCAGACUAGAAGAAGAUAGUGUUAUAACGGAUUGUAGUAUUAAAACACUGGAACCAGAUGAAGUUUUAGAUUUUGAUUUCUGUAGUACCAAUGUCCUGAAUAAAAUUAUAAUGAAGGCAAAAUGUUUAAAAGAGGUAUUUAGUGAGUUAGAUAUGACUAGUGAAAUUUUACAGAUAAUGAUGUCACCAGAUACUCCUUAUUUUCAACUCUCUACGUUCGGCAAUGCUGGCAGUACACAGUCUGAUUUCUCUAAAGAUUCUGAUAUGGUGGAAUCAUUCCAGUGUACCAAAACACAAACUAACAGAUAUAAGAUAUCAUUAUUAAAACCUACAGUGAAAGCUCUAGCCCAAUCUAGUCGUAUUUCAAUACGAACUGACAAUAGAGGAUUUCUCUCUCUACAAUAUAUGAUCAAAAAUGAAGAUGGUCAAGUCUGUUUUGUUGAGUUUUAU